GCCGUGUGCUGGAAGACAUACAUGCUGAUGCAACUGCCUGUAGAAUCAGUUUAGGGGCGUUUAUGAACAAGAGCACGCAUCAUUCGGACAGACAACUUACACGAUGUCGAUGUGCAACAAUACCUUUAAUGAUACUUGCAAAGUGGACACCCUUCAGGGUGUUGGUUACGCCGCGGUAUUUCUUGUGGGUUUCCUUGUCAACGCUGCUGCUCUUCGGGCCUUCAUCGCCAAGCGGAAGUCCUGGACAGACAUGCACAUCUACAUGUUCAACCUGGCGAUAGCUGAUUUUGCCCUCGUCCUCUUCCUUCCCUUCAGGAUCUAUGACGCCUUCUUCUGCCUGCCUAAGACUUGCUUUUGCACUUUUCUCAUUAGCAUACAUUUCAUCAACAUGUACGCCAGCAUCUAUACCACGGCAGCCAUCAGCUUCCAGCGCUACCUGGUGGUAAGGUUCCCGCUGCAGGCCAGGUUGUGUAGGAGGAAGAAAGAGACAGCGUUUGUCGUGUGUUUGGUCAUUUGGGUGAUGCUGGUGGUGGUGUGUUACAUAUACCGAAAGGAGAACUACCCUGACAAACUCUGGACAUGUUAUGAAAGAUGUAAAGACCAACCACUCAAAGGAAAUUUCAUAGUGAUCCUGGAAAUUUGUGGCUUGGUCCUUCCGCUCUUGAUCGUGGUGUUCUGUUCCAGUCGGAUCAUCUUUAUUUUAAAGGUGGACAAGAAGUCAAUGGAAAAAAGAAGCACCGUUGCCAUUGUAACGGCAAACAUGAUCGUGUUCAUCGCCUGCUACUUGCCUAUCCACAUUGGCUUUAUUGUUAACUACUAUAAUACGGUACCCAAAGACUGGAUGUGUCAAGUUUUGCCUGCACACGUAUAUUUACAAGUGGCUGAAUGGAUCGCUUCCACAAACUGCUGCUUUGAUUCUAUCAGCUAUUAUUUUUUACUGAAAAGGUUUUAUUCACAAGUGGGUACAAAAACGAAUUCACACUCUUUCAGAACGAUGAGCACGAUGUCUUCAAAAUGAACGGCAGAUUUAAAGGGAUGCCACACAGACUUUAGAGAUCAGUUCAAAACUUGGACUGAGAUUUGAACGUCGGACAUUUAGACGGCGGCGAAGGUCUAGAGCUGCACAUGACGUCAUUCUCAUCCUCAUCUUCUGUCCUGUAGAGGGUCACAUUUAUUGUAAUUUUAUACAUUUUAACUGAAUGUUUGAUAUAUAAAAAUGCAUAAAAAUAAAAAAACAGGCGUACUGUGAGGCAACUCACUUUCUUUAUAUUACAGCUUUCAAUUUGCAUAUGAGUCUAAUAGUUUUGAACCUUAAUGUGAAUGUGAGCUUAUUGAUUAGCACGACUGGAACCUUCCACAAUAUAUUUUCCAACUAUGCCCUCCCUCCUGCAUGACAUGAAUGGAAAACGCUGUUGUGUUGCAUUAUGGGACUUUAUUGGAAGCAGCUUGGUAAAGUCUAGGGUCUCCGUCCCGCUUUGUUUGAGAAUAUUUUUUUAUCUUAAUGCCAUGUGUUUUGAUCUCUCCAGCUUCUUGGAAAUGCAAUACAAAGCUGCAGCAGCGACCCUUUAAGUUAUGGUGUACUUAGGCUUCAUGAUUUAUGUGUCGUGAAUUGUGUUUGAAUGUUAAUUAGAAAAAGAAGUUUUCAGCGUUUUGUUAUGCUACGCUCUCUGUGUUUACUCCGCUUUGGUUUGGUGCAUGAAUGUCUUAUCCAACUCACGCAACCCUUUUGACCUUUACCGCUCUGAUGUGUGAAGUAAUAAAAUCAAAGCAGAGAACACGGGAUGUUUUCAGCUCCGCUCUUGUAUCCACUCCUCCCCAUAAAACCACAGCCUGUGUCAAGCUCAGACAGUCGAUGCACCCUUAACGCAGAGGAGCGUGACGCCUUUCCCUCCCUCUGUAGUGAGAGGCGGAUGAACGCAGGCCAGUGUCCGGCUCCCUCUCGUGGUGGGAAAAAGCGCACGCUUGAGAGAUUUUCCACUUCCUCUUUCUUCUCUCAGUCUGCCCCUUAAGUAGCGCCAGUCUGCCAGCCCGAUGACAAAUAUGUCUCAUUUAAAAGAAAAU